ACUAUUUUUUUUCCUUCUUUCUUUCUUCCUCAUCCCGUGUGCUUCUGCUCUUCCCGACCCCCCCUGCAGCAGAACAAGGAGCAAGCAAGCCGACAGCCAUGCCUUGAGGAAACCGGUAGGAAGCUUGGUAUUUUCCCCUUCCUUUCUUGUUCUAGAACCCAUAUAGAACCCAUAAAUCUCUCCCCCUCUGCUGAAAUUCCAGAUCUGCUUGGUUUCUCCCCCUCCCCUGUCCGUGAGCUGCAGCUGGUGAUGCGAAAUUCUGGGCUUUUUUCGCUAGCCGCCGGCUUCUUCUCCCCCACCAGGUCCGGUUCUGCUGGCUAGAAAAUUAUGGUUCCUGAUCGUUCUGUCAGUUUAGCACUAAGAUUGAGUCUUCGGUUUUAUGCGAGUGAGGUAAGUAAAUUUAUGAUAAUGUUCGUACAGUUUUUGAAAGCAUGUUUUGACUUGUUUUUGAAGUGGUGGCGGAACUAAACCUAUUUUAUACAAAAGUAAGUAUGACUGAUUUGAAGUGAAAUUUUAUGCUUUUCAUUAAAUUGAGCAUGCCUAUUUGAAAUUUAAUUGAUUGUCCCGAUGAUUUGAAAGUGAUUGGUGAAUUAUGAUUUUUCUUUAACUUUUGGCUGUUUUGUCUUCAAUGUGGUUAUGUUAUUAAUGAUCCUGCUAGUGGGGGUUAAACGCUAGCACAUGUCGACAUGUUAUUGAUAGAACCGGUUUGUUCGAGUGACCCUGCUAGUGGGGAUUAUACACUAGCAAAUAGUGUAUCCUGCCAGUGAGAGGUUGCUAGUGUAGCCUGCCAGUGAGAGUUUAAUUAAGGGCUAUCCAUAUUUUACUUACUAAGUUUAUCUCAUAGUUUUUCCUUGUCCACCAUUUAAGGAAGCGAAACUGAAGACAGGAAACCACGGGAAGUGACGAGUUAGAAGGCUAGCCAUUUCGAGAUUGAUAUAGAUUUUAGAUAUAGAUCAUGAUCUUGUAAACUAGAUUUUAAUUGGAGAUUUUAUAAUUUUAUUGAAUGGAUUGUUAGUUACAAUGGAUUUUACCUUGAGAUUUUGAGCUUUAAGUGUUGGACAUAGAAUUAAUUUGAAAUAUCUUAUUUAAGUUAUUGGAUUGUCGAAUGUGAAUUGGAUAAGUUUCGAGCCUUGUGCACUUGUGGGACCCGUCUCACGAGUGUACGGCGUUUGUCGCGCUUCGGAUUCGGGUUCUGGGGCGAGACAGAUUUAGUGGUAUCAGAGCGUAGCAUAGCUGGUUGAGAAUUUGUUCUGUUUGUCACAUGACUAGUGGAAGAUGGGCAAACCCUCUACUUUGUAAGAGAUUCAAGGCUAUUUUAGCAAAUGUUGAUGACUUGAUUGUAAAUCUGCUUAGCCUCCAAGGGCUACAAGGUGAAGGGGUAGUCUUUGAAGUACCUAAUGCCCUAGAGUUGUGUUCCAAGAGAAUGGUUCUUUUAUCUGGCUGCUUUGAUUUUUGUUUGCCCUUUUAAUUAUAAGACAGUGAUCUUUUUAGUAUCCUGAUCCCCACUAUUGAUUAUUCUGUUAAUUAAUUCGUGUUACUUGGGGUGCUAGAUCUAGACAUCCUGAUUAUAUCUACUCUGGAAUCCUUGUUCUCAUUGUCAUUAUUGAAAUCUCUUUUGUGGGCUUAAUCCUUGAAUUUUAUUGUUUGUUUCAUGUUUAACUCGUCUUUCAAUUUUGACUGCUUAGUUAAAUUGAUCUUGAUUCUUGGUGAAUGCCGUUUUGUUGCUAAAAUUUUUGAGGCAUUCUACCUUGCACUCUUAUGUUUCAGUAUUCUUCCAAGCAUUCAUAUUUUCCACUGAUUUCAUUCUGAUGCUAUUCUGGAAAUUUCACAUGUCAUUUGAUGGGUCUAGCUUUUAACUCUUGUUAAUUGCUAAAAUUUGUUUCUUGAUUCUAGUUGUUUUGUUAAACAUGAUCUUAUUGGUUAACCUUGUUUUGUGGCAGAGUGUAUAAGGCAUCCAUGAACUCGUUCAUUCAUUAAUGAUCCAUAUAUCCAUUGGAUGCUUAUCCGUCUUUGAUAGAGUUCAAAAUUUUGUUGUACUCAUCUUUAAAUCCAUGCCAUUCUUUGCCAACUCAUCUUGUGUUGGGUUCAUAGCGUAACCCCACAAUUGUUCUUUGUAGUCUUGGCAGGAUUUAUUUUAUUCCUUGUGCUUUCCGUAUUACCUCAACCUCUAGUAACCUGUUUCAUGGUAAACCCUGUUAAGUAGUUAACGUUUUGCUUCUUAAGAUUAGUUGUGGUUUGAUGUCAGAGUGGCGUAGCGGAAGCGUAGUAGGGUAUGUUCUGUUCAUAAAGAAUUGGUGAGGCAUUUGUUUGUCUUGGAUUGUGUGAAGCCAUUCACCACUCGAAAUGAUCCUCAAUUUGAGUUUUGGGGACAAAACUCCUUUUUAGGAGGGGUGGAUGUAAUACCCCAAAAUUUUGUGAUAUUUUAGCAUUAAGUUAAGGAUUAAAUUGUGAAAAAAUAU